AUGUCCGCCACAGACAAGGCUACUUUGCCCGCCACAGAACAACACUACUUCUCGUCGUACGACCAUUUCGGCAUCCACGAGGAAAUGCUCAAAGACACCUCGAGAACUUUGCUGUACCGUCUGGCCAUGUUCAAAAACAAGCAUUUGUUCAAGGAUAAGGUCGUUCUUGAUGUCGGCUGCGGAACGGGCAUCUUGUCCAUGUUUGCUGCCAAGGCCGGCGCCAAACACGUGUAUUCCGUCGACAUGUCCAGUAUCAUCGAUAAGGCUAAACAGAUUGUCUCUCUCAACGGAUACGCCGACAAAAUCACGUUGGUGCAGGGCAAGUUGGAGGACAUCAACUUACCUGUGGACUCCGUGGAUAUUAUAGUGUCGGAGUGGAUGGGCUACUUCCUCUUGUAUGAGUCCAUGUUGGACACCGUGUUGUAUGCGCGUGAUAAGUACUUGGUUCCGGGCGGCUUGAUCUUGCCCGACAAGUGUCUGAUGUACAUUGCUGGAAUUGAGGACGGCAACUACAAGAACGACAAGAUCCACUACUGGGAGGACGUGUACGGCUUUGACUACACGCCGUUCAUUGAGAUUGCCAUGAGCGAGCCCUUGGUGGACACGGUGGAGAACCUGAGCUUGAUCACCACGCCCCACAAAUUCUUCGAGUUUGACAUCAACACUGUUAAGAAGGAGGACUUGGCCUUCCACCGCUCGUUUUCCUUGAAGGCCAUUGACGCGGACUUGUGCCACGCUUACAUUGUGUGGUGGGACUGUGAUUUCCCCGGUGAUGAAAAGGUCACCUUGCCUACGGGGCCCAUGAACCACUACACGCACUGGAAGCAGACCGUCUUCUAUAUGGACCAGGUGCUUGACUUGAAGAAGGGCGAUCUCAUUGAGGGCACGAUUGACUCCAGACCAAACGGACACAACCCAAGAGACUUGGACAUCCAAAUUGAGUGGGGCGUCAAAACCGCCGGCCAGGACGCGUCCAGAGAGCUUGAGGGUAAGUACAACUACAUCAUGAGAUAA